UUCAUCUCUAAAUCUCCCUUUGCCUUUGGGUUUGGCCAUGGCGAGAACUUUUCUUCAAAUGCUUAGCCUAGUUGCUAUUAUUUGGCUUCAAUCCAUUAAUGGAACCAACACCAAUUUCCCAGCUUACUCAUCCCAACUGAAGCAUCUCCUUUCCAUCUCACAAAUCCAGCUCAAUAACCUUGCCUUUGCCUCUGAUGCCGGUAAGCUGUUCGGAUGGCUAUCAGGCAUAGCGGCCAACUACUUGCCCAUGUGGCUCGUCCUCAUCAUUGGUUCCUCUCUCGGGUUGAUCGGUUACGGAGUGCAAUAUCUCUUCCUAAUAAGCCGUGUCUCCAACUUGUCAUACGGUGCCAUUUUCUUCCUCACUGUUCUGGCAGGACAUAGCAUUUGUUGGAUCAAUACUGUUUGCUACAUCGUUACUAUCAAAAACUUUCCCCUCGACCGUCAACUCGCCAUAGGUUUGACCGGUAGCUAUCAGGGAUUAAGUGCAAAAAUCUACACAGAUAUUGUGGAAGUUGUCUUCCCUUCUUCAGCCAUGCAGAGAGCUAGAGGCUAUCUUAUUCUCAGCUCUGUCUUACCUUUCACCAUUAGUGUCCUAUCUGCGCCAGUAGCUAGAGUUAUUAAUGUUGUUAAAACAAAGAGGGCCAAGGCUGCAUUCAUAUCGAUUCUUGUCAUAACAACAGCCACAGGAGCCUUUGCUGUCGUGGGCAGUUUUGGAUCAACAUCAACCAUGUUAUCACCUUUAACUAAUGCAGUUGGUAUGGCAGCGUUGCUAUUAGUCCCACUUCUAAUUCCCAUAGGUCUAGGACUAAAACAACUUUUACCAGCCAGAAUAUUGAACAGAUUAAAACGAGAGGAAAAGGUUUACAUAGAGGAGAUUGAUAUUGCAUCCUUGGACAAUAUGGAGAGUGGGGUGAAAGAGAUUAGAGAAGGCAUCAGUUCUUUUACUGUAGAAAUUAGCGGAGAGCUAACCGAAAGUAGUAUCGAAGAUGAUAAAACAAAUCAGUUAACCAGUGUGAUGGAGGAGAUCGAUGUGAAGGUGAUGUUAAGGAGAUUGAACUUUUGGUUGUAUUUCUUUGUUUAUCUUUUCGGCGUUACACUUGGCUUGGUGUUCUUAAACAACUUGGGACAAAUAGCCGAAUCUCGCGGAUGCUCGGCUUCUGCUCUCGUUUCAUUAUCUUCUUCCUUCGGUUUCUUCGGACGUCUAGUACCAUCUAUCGUCGAUUACGUUUUCUCAAGGAGCAAAUACAUGAUAUCAAGAACUGCAUUUGUGGUGGCAUUAAUGGCACCAACAGGAGGAGCUUUUUUCUUACUACUCGUCAACGAUAGGAGCGAGCUAUGGUUGUACAUCAGCACCGCCAUCAUAGGAGUUUGCAGCGGAGCAAUUACUUCCAUAUCCGUAUCUUUAACGACCGAGCUAUUUGGGACGAAAUAUUUCGGCGUCAACCAUAACGUUGUGGUGACCAACAUCCCAAUUGGAUCCUUCCUCUUCGGUUACCUAGCGGCCAUUGUUUAUCGCAGGGAAGGAAAUGCUGAUGGAAAAUGCUUUGGCAUGGAAUGCUAUAGGAAGACCUUCGUUUUAUGGGGAACACUUUGUUUCAUCGGGACCUUCCUCGCCUUAGUCCUUUAUGCUCGUACCCGAAAGUUCUACAACUCACUUAGAUCAUAGGGGGCAAUAAGAAGCUAUUUAUUUUAUACAUUAAUAGACAUAUGCAUGUAAAGCUAGCCAGCUUUGUAAAUUUUCAUACUGCUUAUAUCGAUUGAGCUGAUUACUUUGAUUAA